GUAGGUCAUACUUUUUGGCGCUUGGUGCAGCCGACUUUAGUGUCCCCUCCAGCAUCUUAAACAAAUCACAACAGAUAUUCAGUGAAGCCCAGAGCUGCUUGGGAAUACGUGGUACUAAUCUGAGCAGAGAAAAUGUGUUAGUCCUUGGGAACUUGACCUGCACACUGAACAGUUCUUACAUUCAGAACUCUGACCCAUACAUCCUGGAAACACUCAAAUAUUGUACGAACUUCUCUGAGAGUCAAGUGGCUGCAAUCGAGACCCUGCUGCUGUCUGGAAAAACACCUUAUGGAGAUGUAACCACAUGGGAUGAAGAAACACUGCAAAAGCUGGCACCUCUACCUCUAUAUUUCACUAGAAAUGUCUGGGGCCACUCUAAAACUAAAACAAAACAAAAGUUUUUGAAGAGCUUUUUGCCCAGGCUGAGGAAGUCAAAGACAGAGAAGAAAAAACUUAAAGCACUUUUCAAUGAAGUCAGUGCACGCAGAGUGACACGAGGAGCAGGGUGCACCAUGGGUAACAUCACUGGGGUGACUGUUCAAGACCCUGCCUUCCCGUUCAGCUAUGAUCAAACCCAGUUUGAUCUUUGCUUGGACAUUCCAGUGCUGAAGGAUAACCUGAACGCCAUCUGUGAAAAGGUUGAUGACAAUGACUUCCAAAAGAUCAUACUGAGAAAACUUAAUGAGGCCUACCCUGCUGGUGUUUCUGAUGAGAAUGUCCAGGUGCUGGGUUCAGUCUCACGCACGGCCACUGUCGACGACAUCUCCAAAUGGAACAUCACCACGAUUGACACGCUGUCAGCACUCAUGAAGACUGAGGAUGGGCCUUGGGAGGCAGCAAAGAGCAGAGCUGUUAUCACCAGAUACCUUAAUACACCAGGGACUUCUCUGGGCACCUCUGAACUGAACGCUAUUGACUCUAACCUGUGUGCAUUAGAUACCACUACACUGAAAACCAUCACUCCAGAAAGUCUCAGGAAAAUCAAAUCCCUGAAUGUGGCAUCAUGUUCAUUUGAGCAGAAGAAAGUCUUAUAUGAGAUCAGUAACACUUCCUUCAGCUCAUAUCGUGCCAGUCCAGUCUCUUAUUACAACCUAAUAAAGAACUUCUUAGGUGGAGCCCCUCUAGCAGACAUCCAGACACUGUCCACCCAAAACAUCAAUAUGGACAUCAGCACCUUCCAGAGUCUCAACACAAAUGUUAUUAAUAAACUGACAGUCAGUGAAGUGCAAGGCCUCUUGGGAAACAACGUGGCAGACCUAAAGACCUUUGAGAAGGCACCUGCAGUGGAGGCCUGGAUCAAUCUGCAGAGACAGUCCAAUCUGGACACACUCGGUUUAGGCCUUGCAACGACCAGAGUCGACCCCACCAGUCCUCCACCAGUCAUGAAUUCUACUGCCACUGACACCUCUUCAGCUACACCCGCCACCAACACCUCUUCAACUACACCCGCCACCAACACCUCCUCAACUACACCCGCCACCAACACCUCCUCAACUACACCCGCCACCAACACCUCCUCAACUACACCCGCCACCAACACCUCCUCAACUACACCCGCCACCAACACCUCCUCAACUACACCCGCCACCAACACUUCCUCAACUACACCCGCCACCAACACUUCCUCAACUACACCCGCCACCAACACCUCCUCAACUACACCCGCCACCAACACUUCCUCAACUACACCCGCCACCAACACCUCCUCAACUACACCCGCCACCAACACCUCCUCAACUACACCCGCCACCAACACCUCCUCAACUACACCCGCCACCAACACCUCCUCAACUACACCCGCCACCAACACCUCCUCAACUACACCCGCCACCAGCACCUCUUCAAAUACACCCGCCACCAGCUCCUCUGCUGCCUCCACCCCAGCACCAGGGAGCUCUGCUACAAGUCACCAAAUGACUACAACCACACUAAAUCCAGCAACUACAACAGCCAAUAACACUGUGAGUCGAGGAGAAGGUUUUAUCAGUCAGUCCUCAUCCCUCCUCAUGGUUUUACUGCUAAGUGUGCUUCAGCUACACAUCAUUUAA